UACUUCCAGACCUACAGCCUGUUCCAGAUGGUGUUGAAAGACCAGUUGUAACUCCAGGUCUGAUUGAUGCAAAUUCACUUCUAGUGAAAGGAACCUGGACAAUUUUUUCUCUCGAAUGGAAUCCCAUCACUAAUGUUAAUUAUGGUAGCCUUAUGUAUGAAGUCAUCAUUGACAAUGGCAACAACAAAAAAGCAUUUCUCACGAAUGAAACUAUCAUUCCCUACGAAGAUGUACUGCCCCCGUAUUCUUCUCUCAAGGUAUCAGUAAGAGGCAUUACAGACUGGAGUGCAGGUACCCAGCUUUUGAAAAACCUUCAUACACCAGCACACUUACCCGAAGCGCCUCAAGACCUGCGGACAUUUGUACAUAAAGUUCAGGUUGCUGCAAUCAAUGAGAUGGGAAAAGGGCCUUAUAGUUUUGGAGUAACAGAAUCUCUCCAGCAGCACAAGCCAACUCCAUCUCUCCUCGUGGUCAGUGACAAGUCUCUUAUUAAGCUUGAUGCAGACCUUCAAGAGGAGGUGGAGGUAUUAAGUGAGAAUUCCAGAGUACAGUGGGCAACACCUUUACUAAAGAAUUCCUCCUUUGCAUGGAUGGAUAUGAAUUCAGAUAUAUAUUUAACUGACAUGAAGACAAACUCUACUGAGAGGCUUUUGCGGCUUAAUGAUCAAGGUGUUGGGUUGGCAGUAGACUGGAUUGGUGAAGUGAUUCUCUGGGCUGAAAGAGAGUCAGUGGCAUCAAAUGAAGUCAAGAUUAAGACUUUCAAUACUGACCAGAAAACUGAGACAUUGGUUACAUUAUUAAACAUAACAGGCAACAUCAAGAAAUUCUUACUGUCUCCAAUGACCAGUCAGGUGUUCCUGCUACAUGAUGGUCAUAAAGAUCUCCAGCUACUAAGUUGGCUCUCA